AUGGCGGAGGGCCCCACGAGUCCAGGCGGUGGAAGCCAUGAGAGUGGGGAUCUGAGUCCAAGGUCUUCGAAUGUUCGGGAGCAAGACAGGUUCUUACCGAUUGCGAAUAUCAGUCGCAUUAUGAAGAAAGGGCUCCCAGCUAAUGGGAAAAUCGCAAAGGAUGCUAAGGAAACUGUCCAGGAGUGUGUUUCUGAGUUUAUCAGCUUUAUCACCAGCGAGGCAAGUGAUAAGUGUCUAAGGGAAAAGAGGAAAACCAUCAAUGGUGAUGAUCUUCUAUGGGCAAUGGCAACUUUAGGGUUCGAAGAUUACAUUGAUCCCCUCAAAUCCUACUUGAACAGAUACAGAGAGAUGGAGGGUGACACAAAGGGAUCUGGAAAGGGCCACGAAGGGUCUUCAAGGAAAGACAAUAAUCUUAAUGCACAGUUUGGCAUUCAAAAUCCAUACACACAAGGUCCUAACUAUGGAAACUCACAGGCGCAAGGUCAACAACAUAUGAUGGUACCCAUGCAACGAACAGAGUAGGAAGAUGCUAUUUUUUUUUAUCAGAGUUAUGUUGUGGGGUUGUAAUAUUAAUAUUGUUUUUGAUAUCAUGGAUUCUUGUAGGAAAUAUUUAUGUAGGCUUCAAUUAUUUAUAAAUGUUAAGAUCAAAACUUUAUUUGAUAUAUCUCAUUCACUCUUAUUCUGAUUCUUAUUGAGA